AUGUGUCAGAUAAGGUUUGUGUCAAUCGUGUAUCUAUUGUCUCUUCCCAGAUCUACUCGCGCUGCGGUGGUUCCAUUCCUUCGUCUUACUCGAUCUCUCACUCAAUCGGAGGAGAUGAUCUCUCUUCCACAAGCUUCGGGACUUCCUUCUGGAGAUCGAUGGCUACUUUUACUCGAAAUAUGUAGAUCACGGGAAGACUACUUUAACUGCUGCGAUCACAGAGAAUAUGAUUACUGGAGCUGCACAAAUGGACGUUUUCUAAAACAUUGA